AUGACAUCAUCAUCAUUUGGAGUAAUGGAUCUCGCCAAUGUUUCCUCUACAAAUAGAACUCCCACAAACACCGCCAUGUUAAAAGCCCGCCUUACCGCUAUUGUAAAUGAUAUUCAAAGCACCAACACUCGAGAAGCCCAAAAGUCCCUUUUGGAUCUUCGCACGGUUCUCGACACUGUGGCUGAGCAAAGUGGAACGCAUGUACAGAAUGUAUUUGGACAACACGUAACGAAUAAUAUUCUUAUUGUUGUCUUGGAAAGUGUUGUGCGGCCGGCAUUAACACAAUACUGUGCAGCGAUGGCGAAAAGACGACAAUUCACAUCCACACGUGCAGCUGGACGUUCUCAUAAUAAUAUUAAUAUUAAUAAUAAUAAUAAUAAUAAUACUAAUAAUAACCAUACAAGUAUAAAUGGAAGAAAACGUGGGGAUUUUUUUCCAACCUCAUCAUCAGCAUUAGCCACUGCAGAGGAAGAAUUGGAUGUAAUUACAGAAAAUCGGGCCAAACGUUUACGUGGAGAAGUGAUACGUCCAUGGCGUUCUUUAAUAGAAACCCUUCAUCAGAAUUUACCAUCAUUUCUUAGACUCUCAUCAUCUAUUAAAUCCAACUCACUCAUGACAUCUAACAAUAUUAAUAAUAAUAAUAGUAAUAAUGGUAAUAAUAGUAAUAACAGUAUAUUAAAUUCCUCUACUACUACAUCUAUAGGAGGAGGAGUGGGAGGAAGAACUGGUAGGAGUUGUUCCGCUGCAGAAACAGAAGAAAUGACAUCUCUCUCCUUUUCCACUGCAAAUCCAAUAGCAACAGCCACAAGUGCAUUAUCUAUUGGUGUGAGUCGAUUACAUGUACCGCAGGUGUUGUGGGAAGUGACACCCAAUCACACCGCACUUCCAUUAUUAUGGAAAAAUGCCGUGCCGUUGUUUUGUUUGAUGCGACAUGCAUUGGAAGUAUUACAAUCAGAAGUGUUAGUCACUGUAUGUGGACAGGAGUAUGCACAGAUGUUACUUCAAUUAUUUCAAUUUGAGGGGUAUUUAUCAAACCUACAGCCAAAUUUUAUUGUGGAACUUACAGUACGAUUAUUACGACUUGUGGAGAGAACUAUGUUUGAACCAAACAGCACAGAAACUACUAAUACUAAUACUACUAUAUCAUUAGGAGGUGGAGAUGGUCAAGAUAUUAAUAGUAUGGGGAUGAGUCGAAACGCCAAUAAUAAUAAUAAUAAUAAUAAUAAUAAUAAUAAUAAUAAUAAUAAUAAUAUGAACAGUGGUAUGGGUAUGGGUGGGUUAUCAGAAGAUGAUGAUAGUCCACGCCUUUCCGUGGAAGAAGGAACGACGUACGCGGCAUUAUUAGUCCAACUCUUUCGUGCACCGCAAUUAAUGAAUGUGUUUAUGCCUUGUGAAGAUACAGCUGGAGUUGUGGAGAUAUCUACAGAAGUAACCAUACCUCUUCUUAUACAAUGGCUUGUGCGUUUAACUACUCAACGUCAUCUUCGACCUACAAGUGCAUUACGAUUAGAGGCUCAUCUUUUAAUGGCCCUUAAUGUUCUUAUUUCUGUUGCCCGUGAUGAUUAUCCAUUAGCCGCUGCAGUUCCACAGGAAUUAGUGAAAUGGCUUUGUCAUUUUUUCUAUGCAACUACACGGCGAGAUGGUUGGCGUAUGGAGGCCCUUUCCUUUAUGACUACACAGAUAUGUGUUUGCUUCUCAUCUGUACUGGGAGAAUGUGUGCGGGUGGAUAUUGAUCGAAAUCGUCCGCAUGUUUAUUCUCUCUCACAGGAUGGGGAUGCUGCAAAUAAUAAUAAUAAUAAUAAUAAUAACACCAAGGAAAAGAAGAAGGAUCAUAGAGAUGAAAAAAAUGGUAAAUUUGCAUCUCACAAUACACCACCCAUUGCCCCUCGUUCUCUCACACUAUUACAUGAAAUUGUAUUACCAUUUACACUACAACUCUUUACGGUUGCACGUAGUGAAUUUAGUCUAGUCUCACGCCGUGAGUUAUUUCACUUCCCAUGUUCUCCAUUAGCGGCAUUAUUUGAUUUUGGAGCAGUCGUAGUGUAUCUUGCUUGUUGUACCUAUAAUGCCUAUAUGGAACUCCCCUCAACUGCCAAUGCUAAUACGAAUACGAAUACUAAUACUACUAAUAGUAAUAAUAAUAAUGAUAGUGUUGUUGUUCCUAUGAACUCUACUAGGGCAGUAGCGAUGGAGAUGGGAGCGCAGGCAUUACCGUUGAAUGAAGAAUCAGAAAUGAUUGGAAAAGGCAGAAAAAGAACUCGAGAUGAUAAUAAUAGUGUUGAUAGUCAUCCUAAUGAUCAUGGGGAGAAUAAUGAAUCUGUGGAAACUAAAGAAAUAAAAGGACGUAUGAUGCCUAUUCAACCAGGAGAUAGACUCAUACAGUUAUUUCGUUCUCUUUUCUUCUUUGAGAACAAACAAGAAACAACAAGCAGAGUAAAUACCGAAGCUCGACAAAGUGAUGAUUAUCUUAAUGAGAUGGAAGAUGAUCCUUACGAUACCCAUAAAGGUAUAGAUAAUGAUUAUUCUAUUCCUACUACUACUACUACAACAACAACUACUACUACUACUGGUGGACCACUUAGUGCGGCGGCAGUACAAGAUCUCGUCAAGGAUGGUUCGCUCUUUCUUUUACAUCUCUUAGCACAACCCGCCACGACUCUUGGCUUCAGUGAACGUCAAUGUACAUUAUUCGUACAAAAUGCACUUUUACCACUUUUUCCUUAUUAUGGUGUGAGACUGGAAACAUUACUUCUCGCCGUUCUUCAUGCUGUGGCCCCACGUACUUCUGUUGGAUGUCAACAACAAAUCUUUCGUUGGCUUGUACGUCGAUAUAUUCCCACCGCCACCACCCAACGGGAUGAUGAGAGUCAACCAAAAGAACAGGUGUAUCGUUUGUUGGGAUUACUGAUGGAGUCUGCGAUGGUGGGAUAUCAACCACUACUUGUGCGAAGUGAGGAACGUGGAAGACUUCAAUCCGCUGCACAUUUUAAUGCUAUUACCGCACGGAUUCGAGCUAUUCUUCACAGUACACUUCCAACAGAGGGAGGAGGGAAAACAGUAUUAACAACAACUUCAAUAUCUCCACCAGAGUCUAAUAAUAAUAAUAAUAAUAAUAAUAAUAAUAGACAUAAUCAUUCUUCACCUCCACCUGCUAUGAUGGCUUCACUCAUUGCUGCUGCUUGUGGUAGUGUACAGAAUACGCGAACUGUUAUUCCUGCUGGACUCUUUUAUGCCAUGUUACAUUUCUUAUCAUCUUAUCAUCACUAUGGUGCCAUAUCUCCAGAAAUUGUUUCCAGACAUCAUGCUAUGGAAAAACAACAACAACAUAGACUUCAUAAUUCUUACAGAAUAAAACAUGGAAGUUCUUUAGUAGAUCUUCCUUCAGUAGCUGUACGUCUUUCAACAGGUAUUUCUUUUAUAGUGACUGGUAUUUCCCAUGCUGUUUGUUUCUAUCCACAUGAUAGUGGUGUGGUAUGGCGUCAUGAUACCGAUACUCCUGCUGCUUCAUCGGCUGCAGCAAAUUUCUUUUUACAGACAUUACGUUUAGCAGAGGAUCAUUUAUUGGCUACAUGUCUCACAGCAAUAGAAGGAGAAAUGGGUUUACAAAACUCUCUUCAUUCUACUUUAAGAGAUGCGUCCUUUAAUGGAACACAUAAAACUAUAUCUUCCUCAUCUUCAUUUCCCUCUACAGUAGCCACUAUGGGUAGUGGGAAUAGUGUUAGUGGAAGUGCAGGUAAAACAGCGGCAUCUCUGCAGAGAAUGAAACAAAUAUUGGCACAAUCACGUCGACUGAUUGAAUCAUCAUUUAUUACACCACAAACACAUGUACCUGCAGCGGCUUGUGAAGCUGCGGAAGGGCAUUGGCUCUUAUUGAAUGAGUUUCUUUCUUCAACAUCAGCAAGAGUAGAAGAAAGUUCAUCUAAUUUCCAUAAUAAUAAUAGUGGUAGUUCUUUUACUCAUGCGGAGAAUGGUGAUCAUGUGGAGGAAGAGGAAUCUGAAUUACAUGGAGGACGACUACGUUAUGGAGAUGUGCCUUCUUCAGUAACGGAAGUAUUAGCAGCGGAGAUUUCAAAAUCAAUUGUGGAAUUAGCAGAACGUGCACGAACAGCCGGGGCAGCCUCCGUUAUGACUCCUGCAAAUCCCAAUCAACAACAACAAGAACAACAGCAACAACAACGCAUUGUGGAUGAAGAUUCUGUGGCGCUUGCCCAACGCACAAUUUGUAUUCAUGCUGUUCAAUUGCUGCAUCUUCUUCUUCGCCUCUAUCGUCUUGGUGUAUGGCACUUACCACGGAGUUCACGUCUGCGGCCCGGUGAUAAUGAAAUCAACAUUAUAAACCCCAAAGAAGAAAAAGAAAAGGAAGAAGAAGAAGAAGAAAAGACGAGGUAUAGUGGAGGAGAUGAGGGGAAUGAUCUUCAUAUACUUUCGAGUCUACCAGCCUCUCUUCUCUUUGACGCCCCGGCGACGGUUCUCCGGCGUCUCUCACCGCGUGGUUCACUCUUCUACGCCGUUAUGUGGACCUGUCGGCAUAUCACUACACGACUGCUGCGGGGAUCUCUCGUGCGGGAUCGUGCGGUACUGCGGGCUCUUCUUGUGUUGUUUGCGGAUGUUGGCACGGUCUUGUUGGCGGCGGACUUUGCAUUGUUUGAACCGCGGCAGACUCCACUCGCACUUGCGGGUGCGAUUGCCCGCCGUGCACUAAAUGCCGGUUUGGCUCCACUCAACAAUACUGCUGCUGCUGCUGCGGCUGGUUCUACUGCUUCUUCUACAAACAAUAAUAAUAAUAAUAAUAAUAAUAAUAAUAAUAAUAUGAAUACACAUACGAUCUCUUCUGUGGGUUGUGAGGGCAGUACGGCGGCGGUGCAGGCGAUGGUGCGAUUGAGUUGUGCGUUAUUAGGCGCUGUGCUCGCGGCUGUGCGGCACACACGUGUGAUGGCAGCAGCGGCAGAUCCUCUUGUGCAACCCGCACACGUUACCGCUGCGAUUGUUGCUAUUCUUGAACGGGAUGGACUCCUCCCAUCCAGUAAUGAUAAUAGUAAUAUCCAUAGUAGUAAUAAUAAUAAUAAUAGUAACAUCCAUAGUGGGACGACGACGACGACGGGGGUUGUACGGGAUGUGUUGAAACCAUAUCCGUUUCUACCGCCUUCACUUGUGGUGGUGGAUGCACUGUUGAAGUUAUUGCAAGUUUUACAUGAAACAUGUGAAGAUGCACAGGCACGAGUAGCGGCACAGAAAUUACGUGAAACGCUCUUUGCACGAUAUCGUUAUGGUUUGGCUUUGGGUAUAUUUUGUACCUUUAGUAGUUACGCACCUUGUCGACCUUCCAGCGCUCUAUCUUCUCUCAAUGAUGAUGGUAAUGAUGAUGAUAUGGAUAAUGGUUUGCCUCAACAACAACAACAACAGUUAAGGGUGAAUGAAGGGAGAAAAACAACACGACGUACGGGUUCAAAUGCAUUCUUAUUACUGGAAGAGGGACGAUUACUAGAGACUUUUGUAGAUCAAUUAACCGACACUUGUCGAAGUGAUAUGCCAAUGUUAACUCCACAACUUCAAUGUGCGGUAUUAUCUAGUAUUAACACCAUGCUCUUCCGCUGUGAGGCCCGUGUAGCAGAGAAACUUGGUAAAUAUCUCUUCUCAUUCCUUUCUACAAAGACAUCCUAUAUGGUUAGACGCCACACAGCAUUACAAGUACGAUGGUUAUUUAGUCGAUUUACACAAAAUGCCCUUCUCGUUCUUCAUGAAUUAUUAUACCGCGCAAAGGAGGGAAUUGUCUCGUUAAGUCCAAUGCUCUGCGCUACUAGUUUACGUGCUCUUGGUGAAGCUGCACGGGCGGCGCCGGUGAUGGAGGCGGAUAUUAUCUGUACUCUUCUGGAGUGUUGGGCAAGACACGGAUUUGCACAUAGAGGACUUAUUAUUGAAUGUCUUGAACUUAUUGGAAACUACACACGCGUUGGUGGAAGAAAUAACUUGAUUACUACCUCCACUACUAUGAUGGUAAGAAGUACACCUACAAGUGGAAAUGGAUAUGGAAUGAAUGCUCAACAGUUAUGUCAAUAUCAUCGUGAACGAUUACUGUUUGAUUGGUUAUGGCGAUUGGGUCAUCCCAUAGAGGCACUUCCCCUUCACUGCUUUGGAUAUACAAAACCACAUCACAUGUAUGAAUCCCUCAUCUCUACACUCUUACCACUCGCUCUCUUGUGUAGUGCCAGACGUGGGGAUAGUGAAGAGGCUGUUGCGUUUAUGAGUCCAAAUGAACUCUUAUGGCGAUUAGCGGUUUGGUAUAAACAAACAACCGAUAAGGUAGAAAAUCCUGUACGCAGUACUUCACUAUUAACAGAAUGUGUAGUAGCGUACUUUCCAGAUAUUAUGUCCCGUUUAUUUCUUUUUGCAGCGGCCUCCCGGCGAUGUAAAGAAAGAAACCGAAAACAACAACAACAACAAUAUGAGGAACGAUAUGAAGAUGUAUCGGAAGCUGCACAUUUGGCAUUGGAGUGGUUGCGAAGUACACUUUCGCCUCAUUAUAUAUCUCUUGUUCAUCAUCAUGCGGAUGCUAUUUUGUGUCGAUUUGUAGAACUUGUUGGAGUUUUAACACCAAUCGUUGGAAUUCAACAAAUGUACAAUUCAGUUAUAAUGCUCUGUGAAACCAUUGCGUUAACAAAGACGGUUGGAGGAACAAAUACGUUAUUAUCAUCAUCAUCCUCAACAUCAAUAGUAUCUUCUUCAACAACAACGGCUGCAGUAACAACCACAUUGAAACCCAUUACACUGUCAGAUCCAUUAUUUAGUGGAUCAAUAAAAACAAAAGUAGUAGAUGCAUUUUUUGCUAGUGAUGCUGGUGAUCAUGCAUAUGUGUUAUUACAACAUUUGUAUGUUUGUCUUACAUAUGGUUCUCAUCGUGGAGAAAGACGUAUGAUGAUAGUUUUACUUCUUGAAGAAAUUAUUAAACGAUGGUGGAGUCGUGAAUUAUUAACUGAUCAAGAAGUUCCACAUAUUCUCCAUACAGUAUUACGUAUAUGUGGAAAUAUUCUUAUGACCUCUGUGGAUGCCCGACCAACGGUUUGUAAUGUCUUAUUAUAUGUUUGGUCCAUCGCCACUUCAAAUAAUAAUAAUAAUAAUAAUAAUAAUAAUAAUAAUAAUAAAAGAAGAGUGACGGCUGCGGAUGAGGCUUUUUUGUGUACAGUGUUGCUUUCAUUAUCAGAGGAAUCUCGUGUUGUCGCUACCACGUGGACGGCUAUUUGCCGCAUAGACACAACAUUGCAGGAACGAGAUUGGCAAAUGCAUCACACACAAUAUAAUAACGAACCAACACCCGUUAAAGGAGAAAAGGGGAAUUCCAAACAACAACAACAACAAGUAGUAGUAGAAGUAGAAGAAGAAGAAGUAGAAAUAGUUGAAGAGAAAGAAGAAAAUGAAAGAAUAAAAAAACAGGGUUUAUCCACUUCUUUGGAUGAUGCUAAACGACGUAUUGAAAGUAUUCUUCCAUUACUACGAACGAGUGUUCUUGUUUCUGGUGCACCGGCAUCUUCUUUCUAUGCAGAAGUGGCUGCCGCUGUGGACCACUCCCGUUGGGCAUUUGUUAAAUUCAUACGCAUGUAUACACAUAAGGAAAAGGAAAGUACAAAAUCCUCUAGAGGGAUAUUAACUUUUCAGAUGAUUUAUGAGACUUGUUGUCAUGUAAUUCAACAUCUUUUUUCUCUCGUGUGUGCAGAUGAUAUUUUUGUAAAUACGAAUGCUAAUAGUACAGAUCCAUUUGCAGAAAUAAAUAAUAUAGGUGGUCCAGGGCAAAUCUCUACUACUACUACUACUACUACUAUGGUAUUACAAGCUACUAAUAGAGAUGUUCAAUUAAACGCUUUUCGUUUAUUACGGGCUUUAUGUUGGUGUUUUAUAGAAGCCGGUGCGGAGAGUGAUGUAGAUGCUUUACUUUCCCCAACUGGUAAAAUACAAGAAACACUACAAGAAUUACCAUUAGAUGAGGUUUUACAUCAAUUAUAUAGACAACAUGUGGAACAACUUUAUCGACUCUCUUUUGAUACCGAUGCUUGUAUUGCAUAUAUCGCCUCAAUAACUCUUCGUGGUUGGCUUUGUGGUAAUACCACUAUGGAUAAUAAUAAUAAUAAUAAUAAUAAUAAUGAUAAAGAUAAAAAUAAUAAAAGAUGUGAUAUUGCAGAGAAACAAAUAGUGGAUCUUGCUCUUGAUACAUCAUCUGUAAAACGUACCAAAGAGUCUGUAGCGACAACAUCGCGUAGACGAAAUGGUGGGGAUGAAGGUCAACUUAUUCAGCGAAGCCUACAACUCAUUCGAGAAGAUGAGAAAAGAAAAGAACAAGAGUCUAAUUUUAAUAGUGGUUCCACCGCAUUUAUUCACCUUGAUGAGAUUCAAGUCUUUCAUCGACAUCUUCAUGGGAUUCCAUUAUCUCUUUUUUAUUUCUCUUCAGAUGAGGAGGUGUUGUCUGUGGCAUCUCUCCGUGAUGAGAGAGUGUGGGAUGCUUUACGUGUAGAUGAAGAUCCCACACGAUUUCUUCGACUUUUUCUUAUUGGACUUAUUCGACAGUAUAAUCUCCAACAUCGAUUUAGUACAGUUUCUACUGUUCUUCACAGUAUAUUAUUACCAUUACCUUCCAGAUGUUGGAUGGGUGGUAGUCUUGUAAAGUUUAUGGAAGAUUUUUUACCUAUUCUAUUUCUACAUGUGAUGCUUCUUAAAGAAAGUGAAACCCAACGAGGACAUCGUGUGGUGUGGUCUAAUUUACUGGAAACUUGUCUCUUUCAACAGGCACGUCAAUAUCAACAUACCACACGUUUAUUUCUACGAGCUUUAAAUAUGUGUCGAUCAGUGUUAAUGACAGUUGUUCGUAGUCGUGGGAUUCGGCCGGAUAGUAAUGAUAAUAGUAUUAGUGGAUCUCACCCAUUAGCGCGUAUGCUGGCAAGUGAGAUGGAAACAGCCGCCCAAACACUUACGUUUCCACUGUUUACACCUAGUGCCUAUGGUGAAUUACCAGAGAUAUCCGAUAUGCGGGAGUCGUAUUGGUUAUCCGAUGUAAAUCCACUAACUCUUGCUGCGGCUGCCGUUACCUGUCAUGAACCAUAUCUCGCUAUAUUAUUUACAGAACUUAGUGGAGAGUCAUUAUUUGGAAAACGUAAAGGUAUUCCUUCUGUUGCUUCUCUAUCUGCUGGACAACAACAACAACAACAAUCACACCAGCAGCAACAUCAAAAUCAACAGCAAUACUCUAUUUUGUUUCCCUCGGCUCAGCGUGCACAAUAUCGUGAUACCCGUGGACGACAAUUACGUGAAGAUGAGGCACGUACAGAAAUAGCCCAACGUUUCUUUACAUUUCGUUCAACCGUGCAGAGUAUUCUUGUAGAUGCAGAGGCGGCACUGCAAUUUCGUGAGGAUAGUCAUUGUGAUGUAUACAACAAGAAUCGAACUAGUAAUAGUAAUGAUGAUGAUGAUGAUAAUGUAAAUACAGAUAAUGUGGAAACCACUACAUUCAGGCAAUCACACAAUUUACCGGUGUUGCCUUGUGAAAAGGGCACUGCGGAGUACUGCAGCACAACUCCGUGGGAAGAGGCAUUCUUUCUGCGGCACCCAAUGCAACGUAUUGAACAUGAGAAGAACUGUAAUAGAUGGCAGUCUGUUCUACUCCUGCUAGACCGUUUGGAGUGUGCUAAUAUGAUAAACAAUAAUAAUAAUAAUAUUAAUGGUAAUAAUGAGAGUAGUAAUUAUUGUUAUUCCAAGACACGUUUAUUAUUGGAAAAGACAAAUGCGUUAAUGAAUUUAGGUGCUACCGAUACGGCAGUAGAAAUGCUUCUUGCAGCGGUGAAGCAAAAUUUCAAUUCGUCUGUUGGUGUUCUUUCACUACAAGGUGAAAACAAUGAUCAUGCCGAGUUAAGAGCGGCAUUAGCCUCUGCACUCUGGCGUCUUGGUCGUUGGGAUGAUAACUGUUUAGAGACAAUAGCAAAGGAACAACAACAUCAACAGCAUGAAUUGUUAUUACCAUCCUUUGUUUCCAUGGAUGAAGGAAUAUUUUUUGCUCUUCGAAGUAUUCAUCGUCGGGAUUAUCAUGAGGCACAGCGAUGGUCUACACAAGCGCAACAGCAACUUGCCUGGCAGAUUGAUACAACCAAUUGGUUUCACACAAUGCUGCAAGCAGAGGCUGUACAUUGUAUUGAAGAAUGUGGAAGACAAUGUGGAAAACUUCUCUGUACUUCUACACAACCGCCACCAAAGUGGGUUAAGGCGAGAUUAUCGCAUGUACAUGCACCUUAUCGAGAGUUAGAAUUACUGGAUAGUGUACAACAGCAGUUGUGUAUUGCCUACCGUCAACCGCAGUGGUGGUUAUCACAUUUGGAGUGUUGUAGUGAGCGGGCUCUUCGUGGGAAUAAACCAUUUCUCGUACAGCAAUGGCUCUCAGCAUAUCAGGAGGUCUCUUAUCAGGUAAUUCAGGAUGUUAAUAAUAAUAAUAAUAAUAAUAAUAAUAAUAAUAAUAAUAAUAAUAAGAGGAAGAGGAUUGAGGAUAAUCAGAGUAAGAAUCAGAACAACGAGAAGGAUAUAAUAGUAAAGCAUGUAAAUGGUACUUCUCUGGAGAAUGCGAGAACAUUGUGUGGAUUGCCAGUUCCGGCGUUUCUUGCACUUGUGCAGGCACGUGCGGAGUUUGUAAGUGGACAAACACAUCGUGCCAUUGCUAUUUUACAGAACAUAACAACAUCAUCAACAUCAACAUCAAUGUUAGGGUCUUCAUCCAAAGAAACAGGAGUAUUGGAUUCUAGUUUCCCCAACACUAAUGGUUUUUGGUUUCCAUUACCAAAAGAUGCUCCUCUUAUGCCUCCAAUAGUUGAACAAUUAGUGAUAUGGGCUAAAGAAGCCCGUUUGGUUCCUCUUUCACAAUUAGUACGAGAUCCAUUCUUAACAGCAUGUGCUAGUAGUGAUCGCACAGGUGGAUGUAGUUUACAACUUGCACGUAUGUGUCAUAUGCUCGCACGUGAUAUCGCGACACGACUGCGUAGUGAAGAAUAUCGCACAUUACAGCAAAGUAUUGAAGAAUCCCGUCGUAUUCGUAUAGAACUGGAACAACAACAACAACGCUCCGGUGCUGAAUUAAGUGAAGAAGAGAGAAGAAUUCUUCAACGUCGUAUUCGUGUAAUUCGUGUAGAAACCGCACGUGAAGAACAGGAGUGGAUGCGGGAGGUGGAAACAUAUGCACUUUAUCGUCGGAGUGCAUUGAAUGCCUAUGCACGGUUUCUACAAUACAGUGGACCGUGUGGAUCUGAUGAUCUUCUUGCCGUCUUUGGCUUUGUCUCCUUAUGGCUUCAUCAUGAUGAGCGAUUGGAUGAUCGACACUUAACGGAAUCCACAUGUGCGGUUUCAGCCACCUCGCGGGUUCUUCGCAAAGCGAUGGAGAACACCCCACUGCAUAAAUUCCUUCCAUUAUAUUCACAACUGGUCGCCCAACUGGGAACAUCAUUAGAUGAUGCCAAUCUUGAGGAACUCGUCCUGCGUAUUGCAAUGGAACGACCAUUACAUGCGGUUUGGCCGCUGUUGGCACUUGCGAAUGGACAUCAGUUUGGACCAGCCGCAGCCGCAGCGGCAGCAGCGAACGGUGGUGGAUUGCAUGUAGUGGAUGAGAAGAAAGUUACACUUGCACGUCGUAUUCUUCGUACAAUGAAGAUAACAACUUCAGAUGUUACUACUACUACUACUACUACUAAUAACAAUAAAAAUAAUAAUAAUGAUGGGAGUAGAAGUAAAAAUGAUGAUGCGGAAUGGCGAAAACGGAUUGUAUGUGAUGCGGAAAAACUUUCAGCGGCGUAUAUACAACUUGCUUUUUACCGUGUACACGAUGGUCGCCGAUCUGAACAUCGUAUUCCUCUAGAUUUUAUGAUUAUGGAGAGUUCCAUGAAAAAUUUAUGUAUUCCACCUCCUACAUUAACACUUCCACACUCAUUUUCAACCUACAACUUUACUACUAGUACUAAUACUAAUACUAAUACUAAAACUAGUACAUCAUCAUUCUUACAGGAUCAAUUGAUGAUGUUACCUCGGGUUGCAUUUUAUGAGGAAAGAUUUACGACACAUGGAGGUAUAAACCUUCCUAAAGCCCUUCGAUGUGUACUUAGUGAUGGACGUAUUGUGCGUCAACUUCUUAAAUCUGAAGAUGAUUUACGUCAAGAUAGUCUUAUUGAACAAGUAUUUGAUUUAUCAAAUGAACUUUUAGCUAAAGAAAGGGCAACUCAACAUUUACAUGUUUCUACAUAUAGUGUAAUUCCUCUUGCACCUACGGUUGGAAUUAUUGAAUGGGUUGAUGGUACUAUUCCACUUGGUCAUUAUCUUAAUGGUGAAGGUAGUACUAGCAGUAAGAAUAAGUUACCCACAGGAGCUCAUGAGCGUUAUUUUCCUGGAGAACCAACAACACUUGAGUGUCGUCAGAGAUUACAUGAUGCUAGCAAGACACAGAAACAUGAUACAUUACUUGCUUUAUAUGCUGAAUUCACACCCGCAUUACAUUAUUUCUUUCUUGAACACUUCUUUACUCCACAAGAGUGGCUUGAGCGGCGUGAAGCAUAUACACGUAGUGUAGCUGCCUCUAGUAUACUUGGAUACAUUGUUGGACUUGGUGAUCGACACAGCAAUAAUCUCUUACUACACACCCAACGUGCAGAGCUUGUUCACAUUGAUCUUGGUAUGGCCUUUGAUCAAGGAAAACUUCUGCCAGUUCCGGAGCUUGUGCCCUUUCGGCUUACACGCAAUAUUGUGGAUGGACUCGGCCUGCGAGGAGCCGACGGGCCCUUCCGCCGCCACUGCGAGGGCACUCUGCAGGUCUUGCGAGGGCAGAAGGAACUUCUCAUGACUAUUCUGGAGGCCUGCGCACAUGACCCGCUGGCCCUCUGGGCAGUGACCGUAGUCCCGCAGCCGCAGCGGCGACCAGAAGAGGAGGAGAAUGGGCGGAAAAAUGAAAAGACAACGACGACGAUGAUGAUGAUGGGCGACGCCACACCGCGGCAGAGGGAUUUAGGGGCGGUGCGUCGACAAAAGCCAACAUUUGCGGAUGCGGAGCGAACACUCUCACGCGUGGCGGAGAAAAUUCAGGGAUAUGAGUCUGGGGAACUACUGGGCGUACCAACACAUGUACACAAACUGUUGCAAACAGCACAGAAUACAGAGUUGCUUGCCUACAUGUUUGAUGGAUGGUCGCCAUGGGUAUAA